AUGGACGACUCUCUCCUCGACCAACUGCCGCCGGAAAUCCUCCUCCUCGUCUUCCUCCGCCUUCCCCUCCGUCACAUCGCCGCCAGCCGUUGUGUCUGCCGCUCCCUCCGCGCCGCCCUCUCCUCCCCCCACUUCCUCCGUCUCCUCUCCCUCCGCCGCCUCCCCUUCCUCGCUCUCGGACCCUCUUUCCCCGCCCCGGUUCCCUACGCCUACGACCCGGACUCCGGCCGGUGGCUCCGCCUCUCUCUCUCCUUCCUCCCCUUCCCCGGCCGCCGCCACGUCAUCGCCGCCUCCCACGGCCGCAUCUACCUUUGGGCCGCCUCCUCCUCCGAUGACGACGAGGAGGAGCAAAGCUCCCCGAAAGCCCUCAUCGUGUGUAACCCCCUAAUUGGUUGGUUCGAAACCCUCCCGAAGCUCGGCUCCGCGUGGUCCCACCAUGGCUACGUCGUCUGCGGCCCGGACGGAAGCGUCCUCCUUCUCACCGACCUCGCGGUUAUGUACUUGCGGCGCGGCUGCGCGACGUGGAGAAAUUUCUCGUCCGAAUUACCCGCCAUGCCCCGGACGCCCGUGAUAAUUUCCGAUUCGAUCAUACUAUUGUGCAACCUAGGCGCGACGUGGAGGCCGCGGUGGGCCAUAUACUCGGGCUCGCUCCGGAAGCGGAGGACGAGCAUCCCGUGGACCCGACUCGAGGUGAAAAAGUGGGACAAGAUCUUCGGAUUUCUAAAGUGUCCGAGUCUUGUGCAGACGGGAGACGAGAGGGGCGUGUAUGUAGUGGGAGGUUUGAUGAGCUCGAACGUGCAGUCGAGCGCGUGCCUCACGAUCGUGAUCAUUAGGUUUGAUUUUGAGACGAUGUGGUUGAAGCGUGAGUCGCAGAUGCCGACGAGCAUGUUCAAGCAUUUCAAGGCGUGUGGGAAGUAUAAGGUGUUCGGAGGGGGGAAUAGGGUGUGCUUCUCGACGUAUGGGAUCGGGAAGAUGGCCGUGUGGGAGGGGAGUGGGGCGGGGAAGUGGGGGUGGGUGGAUGAUGUGCCGGUGGUCGAGGAGGAGGGAGGGGUGUGGCCGUAUUUCGUGUUGGACGAUGAUCUUGAUUGUUCGUUUAGAGAGAUGGAUGCUCUACCAAACGGAAAGUUAGUGGUUGAACAGACUGGCUUUAUUCGAGUAAUAAGCAGAACGACAAAUGUUCCACCAGACUUUAACUUGACAACUAAUAGGAGCGACAAAUGCUCCACCAAACCCGUUGCGUCUGCCGCUCCCUCCGUGCCGCCCUCUCCUCCCCCCAACUUCCUCCACCUCCUCUCCUUCCACCGCCUCCCCCUCCUCGCUCUCCGGCCCUCCUUCCCCACCACGGUUCCCUACGCCUACGACCAGGACUCCGGCCGGUGGCUUCACCUCUCCUCUCCUUCCUCCUCUUUCGGUCGCCGCCACAUCAUCGCCGCCUCCCACAGCCGCGUCUACCUUUGGGCCGCCUCCAACGACGACGACGAAGAGGAGGAGCAAAGCUCCCUGAAAGCCCUCUUCGUGUGUAACCCCCUAAUCGAUUGGGUUGAAACCCUCCUGAAACUCAGCUCCGCGUGGGCCCACCACAGAUACGUAGUCUGCGGCCCGGAAGCGUCCUCCUUCUCACCGGCCUCGCCGUUAUGUACUCGCGGCGCGUGGAGAAAUUUCUCGUCCAAAUUACCCGCCAUGCCCCGGAUGCCCGUGAUGAUUUUCGAUUCGAUCCUACUGUUGUGCAACCUAGGGGCGACGUGGAGGCUGCGGUGGGCCAUAUACUCAAGCUCCCUUGGGAAGCGGAGGACGAGCAUCCCGUGGACCCAACUCGAGGGGAAAAAGUGGGACACGAUUUUCGCGUUUCUAAAGUGUCUGAGUCUUGUGCAAACGAGAGAUCAGAGGGGUGUGUAUCUAGUGGGAGGUUUGAUGAGCCCGAACUUCGCGUGCCUCACGAUUAUCAUCAUUAGGUUUGAUUUGGAGAUGAUGUGGUUGAAGCAUAAGGAGCAGAUGCCGGCGAGCAUGUUCAAGUAUUUCAAAGCGUGUGGAAAGUAUAAGGUGUUCGGAGGGGGGAAUAGGGUGUGCUUCUCGGCGUAUGGGAUCAGGAAAAUGGCCGUGUGGGAGGGGAGUGUGACGGGGAAGUGA